GAUUCUAUAUUACACAUUUAUGGUAACUGUGUGUUAGGAAGGAGGUUUACCGAACAUGAAGAGAAACCUCUGGGGUUUGGCGGUCUGGAGGACAAAGCCGCCUGAAGGUACAGCCCAACUUAGACAAAACGUUACUAAUUUCUAUCGAAUCGGUUCAAUUAGCAAAAGAGCAAAUGACAGCCAUUUUGACGAGUGUCAUGCAGCUGUUGUAGGAAACAAACGAUCUGAGAAUAAAAUUCAACCAAAGGGAUUUCUUGGAGGGUUUUGUGAGGAAAAUUCCAUUUCCAAUACGCCAAAAGAUUUAGUUUUCAAAAAAAAGUGAUAGUUCGAUAUAUCUUCUCUUUUUCACUAUUUUAUGUGUGUUGAGAUACUUACACCACUUGGUAUGAUUUAUUUUCAUGUCGGUGUGCCGUUUUCUCUGCAUCGCGCAACCUUUGGUUGCCCAUAAGCUGGCUCUCUGGAAUUGAUAUGCUAUACACAGAGUUGGUGAAAGUGAAGGAUAGUAUAGUGGUACACCCAUUUCUAAAAGUGAUCUAUUUACACCUAAAUCCCACCCCCCAUUUGUAUACUGGUAUGCGACGUACACACGUGACCUAAUGAAGUGUGUAUAUUCUACACUUUGCUUAACUCUCGCGAUGUGCGCUUUGAGACGCUUUUUCUUUUUUCUACAGACAGAGACAAUAUUAAGGAUCUACAAUAUCAGCUGACGGCUACUAUUUCAUACUUUGAGAAAAAGCGUCCGAUGAUCUGAAGAUGGGACUAGUUAAAGCGGAAUGGAUACGUGUAUAGAAAUUAAGGGGGGAGGGGAGGUAAACUGAUUGCCUUUGAUAUCAAGAGGUUUAAUAGUUAUCCUGUUAACUGAUCUUUCUCUUUCACUUUAAAGCAGAAUCAUCAAGAGAACAUUAUGUUUGAAUUUAGCCAUAUCGCCCAGUAUCGUGUGACUGAUACACUUAAAA